UAUUAGAAAUAAGUGAAAAGACCAAUGUUUCCUUUUUAACAUUUCCAGACACAACUAAAAUAUGUAUGUCCAUUUUUUGAACAGCCCAUUAAUUUUUUCUCAUUAAAAUGUGUUUGUAAAACCUCUAGUCCCAAGGCUAAUCUAUAGGAAUCAGAUUGUUUCGCGUUUUCAUUUUAGGCUUGGGUGUUACUUGGUUAGGCAAAAAGAAUACGCAAUUGGUUGUAAUAGAAAAUAAAGGAAAAAUUAUCAAAUGAUUUUUCUUUUUAAACUAGGAAACUUUUUAGCCGCGCUGGACAUUUAAAAAAUUAUGACCCGCUUCCUUUUAAAAGAAAAAAGGCCACAAAAGCGUGAGAAUGCAGAAAGCGAGGAUUUAAAGUGGUAGGACGCCCCCUCCACCACCAGCCCCCGCUCCCAGAAAUAUCAGCAAUACGGUUCUGGGAAAGCAAGAGCGGGCAUCUUCCAUUCUGAGGAACGAAUGGGGUCCCUCCUCGGGAACGCGCAGGGGGCAGCUGCCCGCGCCUCGGGGACCGCUCGGCUCCGCGCUCAGCUGGCCGGCUCUGCCCGCUGCAGACCCGCGCCGGCGUCGUGGCGGCCCGGCCGGUGCAACGGCCUCGGGGAUGCCCCCCGGGCUGCGCGCGCCCGCGGCGGGGAGGGGAGUCCCCGCACCGGGUUGAGACGACUUUCCUUCCUCAGCUUCCCCGCCCUCUCUCUCCGAAUUCUUGAAUUCUUCAGCCCGGGCCGCCGCUGCCCUCCUGGUCCCUCCGGGCCGCACGCGCGGCAGGGAGCGAGCAGCAUCCGGUCCCUUCCGGAGCGCGCAGGCGGCGCCUUCUCAGCGUGCGCCCGGGGUGGGUCGACAGCGACCGGGACGGGAGGCGGGAGCGUUCCCGGAGGCUGCGGAGAGCCCCGCUUUGUCUCAAGGGACCGCUGGGCAGUUUCCUCCUUUUCCCGCCCGCAUCCCUCUGCUUCCAGGUGCUCCAGGAAGUCGCCGGAGCUGAAGGUGAAGAAACUGAGGCCCAGAAAGGUGCUAGCAGCAAUAGUGGUCCUCUCUGAUUUUCAGUUUUUCGAAGACCACUGCAAUUCGCAAGUAGAUCCUGCAUUUGGAAUUUGCCAGAGUCACUUUGGAAGUUCCCGGGGCAGCACCAUAGGUACUGGGCUCCCAGGCCUUUGUGGGAUCCAAGACCCUGAGGCUAAACAUGAGAUAGACCCAGAGCUCCCACCCUGGCCCCAUUGGAAAACAAACUCCUCUGCCUCCUACUUGCAGUGCUGAAAAGUGGUAGAGGUUUUGAAUCAAAUCUUUGUAAAUACCAAAUUUUAGCCGAAUCACCUUCCCUCCGGGGCCAUUACAAGAUGCCAAAUUCAACUGUCUCAUUUCCUUUCAAGCCCAUGUUUUUCCCAGGGUGGUAUUUCAUGGUUAUUAUUCUUUGCCCUGCUCUUAAUGAGAGAAACAGGUAGUGAUCUGCAUACUCUAGUUGAUAAUGCUUCCUAAUAAUAUUGUAAUCUGAGUUUAUAUAAUAUGUAAUCUGAAGGGUGUGGAGGGAUCUGUGUCUAAGAAAAGAGUAUUGCCUCCCUGCCUCUGUGACAAAUAAAGGAUUUUAGUCUGAUUCAUAACCUUUUACAAACAGCUCCAUCUUGACCAGACCAUUGUAUUUGGUGACCUAUUCAAUUUAUUAAUGUUUCACAUUGGGCCUAAGUGCCUACAAUGGGAAAAUGACAACAAGUGAGUACCAGUGACCUCAUUAACUUGGCUAACGCUGCUAAACGGAUGGCUUGGCAUUAUGAAAGUUUGCCCCAUGGAAAUCCUUCUGUCUGGGGACAAAGAUAGUAAGACACAACCUUACUAUUAGCUGCUGCAGAGAUUUAUAUGUUCUGUUGCUUUGUUCAUUUGCAUACAUCCAAUGCCUUUUCUUUUAUAAGUACUAACUUUUGUGCCCAAAUGACACCACCCUGUAAAUGGGAUUCAUCUUUGGCUCAAUUUGCCUAUCAGCACAAAUCUGUAAUGCUUUAGGAAGUAGAGUGUUUCAUGGUUCAGUUUCGGGAACCAGAAACCAUUCUAGCUCUUUUAAGAAGAGAUUUAACUAUAGGGCAUUUGUCCUUAUAAAAUUGGAGUUCUGAGCUCAAUAUUGGGCCUGCAGGAGUAACUCCCGGAGCAAUGCCGCUGAACUGGCCUGAAAUUUUAGCUGCUGCUUGAUCAGGAAGGUGGGGGGAUCAGGAGGCUGCCAUGGAACUGUGGAAUUCAAGAGCUCACACAAUAGCCUCACAAAGCUAGUGACUAGACACUGGAACUCUGCCACAGAAAAGCUAAUAUCUCCCCUCCCCAACUCUACGAGAGCAGGGUGAUUGCCCUCACCUCCCUUGGACCUUCCAGAUCUCAUGUGAUUGCGUCUACUUGGUGGGUCCUGAUUCCAGAACUCCUCCUGCAAGGGAAUGGAAAGAUGUUUUUUAGCUUUCUGGUCUCUGUACUACUGGAAUGCACAUUAGAGGGUAGUUGGAAUGGAUGUUGACUGCUAAUUCACCAUUUCCAUCUCACAGCCUGAAGAAGCAAAAUGUGUAACAGGAUAGGAAAUCCGUGGGUUCUCUUUCUCUUCCUGAUGCCCUUUGAUUUUCACUUAGACAAGUGAAUUUUUUUUCACUAAUGUAGUAAAAAUAAUGAUGAUUCUACAGUAUUUUUCUACUAUUUGUCUGAAAUAGCUUGGCACCUUCACAGCCCUUUCCCAGGUGUUGAUUGAAGAUAUAAUCUGAGUCUCUGAGAUUCUCCAUUCUUUCAUCUUCUGUUCUAACUAGUUGCUUCUGACUUCUCCAUUGGCUCCCCUUUGUUUCUUUCUCACUCAGUGCCCAUUCCCCUCAAAUUAUUGUUUUGGCAGCAUUGUGUUGCUUGGCCUGAGUUUUCUUUCUGGAAGCUAUUUUGGGAUCUUCCUUGUUCUUAGGCUCAGGAACCAGAGGAAGCCUUAAGCAAAUGCCCACCCCUCUUCUUCUAACCCCAUCCUUGGUGUGUCACUUGGACCACUAGUCAUCCAGGAGGGAGCUGGGCCAGUAAUAGUUAUGUUACUGAAAUGCUCUUAAAAUUUUUUGUUAGAAAAAUUCAAACAGAGUUAGAUAUGUAAGUUGAUCAAAUGGCAACAUCUAAGGGUUGCAUUCAUUUCCCAUUGCUAAGCUGCCCUGACCUUGCUAGAAUUGGCACCUAGCAUAGUCAGAGUAAGCAUACAAUAUUGGUUGAAUUAAUUACGGAAUUUAAUGGCCAUGAAGCCACAUGUUCAAAACUCAUUCAAGUAUUUUGAUAGGUAAGAAUUCUGCUUUAAGUUUAUGCAUCUUCCUUUGGAAUACAAACCUUACAGAGUGCUGUGCUAUCAAGCUAUCUGACUAUACAGUGUGGCUUAAUUACCAAAGGGAGCGAUUAAGCUACGUGUCAGAGCUCUUCAGGUAAUUGAUUGAAUCACACAGCUGAAAGGCCUGGGACAAUCUUCAAGAGCAGCUCAUCAGGGAUCAUAUGGUGUCAUUAGAACCUGUCUUCCUUUCACCUCCAAUGGCUAUAUGCCUACCUUCUGCUUUGUUCAAUUCAUUGUCAGGCUAUACAUGAUGGCUUCAAGCAACUACAAAAACACAUGAACCCAAUAUCAAAUCCAGUGGGAGGGCCUGGCCCCAUGGCCCA